CGGGCUCUGCCGAUAAAUGGGGCGGGGGGGGGGGUGUGUGAAGGGAGGCAGAGGAAGCCCAGCGCUGGCAAGGAGCGACUGAGCGCGCUGCAAUGGCAGGAGCAGGUCUCGGCGGGAUCCCGCUGAGGAGGAGGAGGAGGAGGAGGAAGAGCGGCGGCGGCGCUCCGCGGGGCGGGAUGCGGCCAGCGCGGGUCGGUGGCUGCGCAGCCCCCGCAGGUGCGGCCGCAGCUCGGGGCCGCCCCGCCGACUCCCCUCCCGGACCCGGGGGACGCGGUGGGGCCCGGCCGGACCGGACCGUACCGGGGCCGCCGUGCAGGGCCCUGCUCCCCGCCGCCCCCGCCCGCCUCCACCCCCCGUCCUUCCCCCAACUUGAACUUCACGUAGUUACCGGAGUUACGGCAGCGGCGCCGUCUGCUGCGAGGAGAGGCGAGCCGGGCAGGACAGCAGCGGGCGGCCCCUCGCCGGGCCCGGGGCUGCCGCUUCCCCCCCCCCCCCCCGCCACCGCCGCCGCCGCCGCCUCCUCCGGGGUGCGAAGCAUUGCAACUCCCCCACCCCCGUUGCGGCGAAGAAGGGGGGGGGGGCGCUCAACUCCGGUGCCGGCUAGCGGCGGUGCCCCCGCCCCGGGCACGCCGCCCCCGGCCCCGCGGAGGAAGCGGGUCCCGGCGCCUCCGAGUUGCCGAAGAGGCCGGGGGGGGGGGGGCCGGGGGCUGGCGCCGGGCAGAGCGGCAGGGCUGCUCGCCUUCCCGUUGGAGUUUGUCACUUGGUAGUUUCUGUGGGCAUCGCGGAGUUUACGGGGGGUGUGUGUGUGAUGGUGGUGGUCUUCUUUUGUAUGUGAUUGCUUGGGUGGGUUUGUUUGGGUUUUGGAUUUUUUGGGGGGGCGGGGGUGGCUCAGCUUUAAAAACGUCCCCGGCUUCCUCGCUCCUCCCCUGGAGAGCAGCCCGCUUUGCACCGAGGGAGGGGGAAGGGGGGGGAGACCAAAAAAAUAAACCUCCAGCCCUCGCACGUUGCGGCCCCUCCGAGCGAUCCCGGCCGCGCCCGGGGCCGGGGGGGCGGCUCGGCGGGCAGAGGGGAGCCCGUGCCCCGGCUGCGACCCCAGCCGCCCCUGCGCUCACGGCCGGGAUGCGCCCUCCGGGCCUCUAAAGCUCUUCUGUUUAUUGUUGUGUCGUCCCGUGUGUGUCCCCCCCCCACCCCGCUCUCCUCCCCACCCCUCUGCCCAGGUUGGAGGAGGGUUUAAAAGGCAGGUGUGUCGGAGGCCGCUCGCCAUGUCCAGAUCCGGGGACAGGACCUCCACCUUCGACCCCAGCCACAGCGACAACCUGCUGCACGGCCUCAACCUGCUGUGGAGGAAGCAGCUCUUCUGCGACGUGACCCUGACGGCCCAGGGCCAGCAGUUCCACUGCCACAAGGCCGUGCUGGCCUCCUGCUCCCAGUACUUCCGAUCCCUCUUCUCCAGCGGCGGCGGGAGCGGCGGGCACCCCCACGCCCUGGGGCUGGGGCCCGGCGCCCAGGACGGGCUGGGGGGCCCGCCGAAGGAGCCGCCGCCGUCGCAGCCGCAGGAGGAGCCCGGGACCCCGUCCUCCUCCCCGGAGGACAAGCUGCUGGCCAGCCCGCGGGCCAUCAACAACCUGGUGCUGCAGGGCUGCUCGUCCAUCGGGCUGCGGCUGGUGCUGGAGUACCUGUACACGGCCAACGUGACCCUCUCGCUGGACACGGUGGAGGAGGUGCUGUCGGUCAGCAAGAUCCUGCACAUCCCGCAGGUCACCAAGCUGUGCGUGCAGUUCCUCAACGACCAGAUCUCGGUGCAGAACUACAAGCAGGUGUGCAAGAUCGCCGCCCUGCACGGCCUGGAGGAGACCAAGAAGCUGGCCAACAAGUACCUGGUGGAGGACGUGCUGCUGCUCAACUUCGAGGAGAUGCGCGCCCUGCUCGACUCGCUGCCCCCCCCCGUCGAGUCGGAGCUGGCGCUUUUCCAGAUGUCCGUGCUCUGGCUGGAGCACGACCGGGAGACCCGCAUGCAGUACGCCCCGGACCUGAUGAAGCGCCUCCGCUUCGCCCUCAUCCCGGCCCCGGAGCUGGUGGAGCGGGUCCAGUCGGUGGAUUUCAUGCGCACCGACCCCGUCUGCCAGAAGCUGCUGCUGGACGCCAUGAACUACCACCUGAUGCCCUUCAGGCAGCACUGCCGGCAGAGCCUGGCCAGCAGAAUUCGUUCCAAUAAGAAAAUGCUGUUAUUGGUUGGAGGAUUGCCUCCCGGACCUGACCGGCUACCCAGCAAUUUGGUUCAGUAUUAUGAUGAUGAAAAGAAGACGUGGAAAAUACUGACAAUUAUGCCAUAUAACAGUGCCCAUCACUGUGUCGUGGAAGUGGAAAACUUCUUGUUCGUGCUGGGAGGAGAAGACCAGUGGAACCCUAAUGGGAAACACAGUACAAACUUUGUUAGCCGAUACGAUCCCAGGUUUAACAGCUGGAUACAACUUCCACCCAUGCAAGAGAGGAGAGCCAGUUUCUACGCCUGUCGCCUUGACAAGAACUUGUAUGUAAUUGGUGGAAGAAACGAAACUGGCUACUUGUCCAGCGUGGAGUGCUACAAUCUGGAGACAAACGAGUGGCGUUACGUGUCUUCAUUACCGCAACCUUUGGCAGCCCAUGCGGGAGCCGUUCACAAUGGCAAGAUAUAUAUUUCAGGAGGUGUUCACAAUGGAGAAUAUGUCCCCUGGCUGUACUGCUAUGACCCUGUGAUGGACGUCUGGGCCAGAAAACAGGACAUGAACACAAAGCGAGCAAUCCACACUUUGGCCGUAAUGAAUGAUCGACUGUAUGCAAUUGGAGGAAACCAUUUGAAAGGUUUCUCCCAUCUCGAUGUAAUGCUUGUGGAAUGCUACGAUCCAAAAGGUGACCAGUGGAAUAUCCUCCAGACUCCUAUUCUGGAGGGUCGCAGUGGCCCUGGCUGCGCAGUCCUUGACGACAGUAUUUACCUCGUAGGAGGCUACAGCUGGAGUAUGGGAGCCUACAAAUCUUCUACUAUUUGUUACAGUCCUGAGAAAGGGAGUUGGACAGAACUGGAAGGAGACGUUGCUGAGCCACUUGCAGGACCUGCUUGUUCAACUGUCAUAUUGCCAGCCUGUGUACCGUACAACAAAUGAUGGUCAAGGCGCACUGACACGAACACUGAUUGCGUUUGGGAAAAUAAUGACGGGUGACGUAAAUAUUUUAUUAGAACAGGAUUCCUGUUAAAAAAAAAAAAGCUACCAUAAUUGACCCCUUAUUCCAUAUUAAUGCUUUAGGAGCAAACUAAAAGAAAACAAAAACCAAGUGUUGUCCCAGCUCAGAUAGAUGCCGGUGUCUUAUGAAGCAAGUAGCUAAAUACACCGAACAUUACAUGCUGACAGACUGCCAUUUCAGACUGAUUUUAACUUUUUCUUGCUGCAGAGAUAUCCCUCACAUCAAAUUUAACUUUAAAAAAAAUGAAGGCUAAAUGUUCAAAUACAGCCUGAAGAGACAAGAUCAGUAUUGUGCAUUGUAUCUACCUGCAUGUGAUCUGUGUUGAAGUCAUGAGGAUGUUGUUUUCAUGAAUGCUUCAGAAUUCAGAUAGUGAAAAGCUCACACUGCAUUGCAGAAUUGUCUCCUCCUCUGUAAUCCUAACCUACAGCUACUUCACAUGCUCUGCAAGCAACACAGCAUCAGAAGAUUAUAAAAGGUAAAGAAAUAUCAUUCAGUUUUUGCACAGCUUGGCAACUCAUACACUCUGCCUUCAAAGUCCCCACGUGAAAGUGCAGCGGAAAGCAGACUACAAUGAAAGCCAUGCUUUACAGAGCACUUCUUGCAAUAGCAGUUUAGGGAUUAGGAUCAAAUUCUUCUAAUCACACUUGUGUAAAGUCAGAGUCAUUUCUCUGAAAUCACAUGGAAUGACUGUUUUUACAUUACUAUAACAGAAAUUUGGUCCUACACCUUAAGUUCCGGGUUCAUAAAGUUACUUCUGUGACCGCUUAACGAAGCCCCACUACCCGUUAGAAUAGGAGCAUCCAUCCCAGUUGCUUCUAAAGACAAGAAGACUGCAUUUAACUCUUAAGUGUAUUACUUUGGACUCUUAAAUGAUUAUACACAAGUUUGGAGAGACACUGGUAAGUAGUUAAAAUACUUGUCUGUGGUUGAUCUUAAAAUGUACCCUGAAAGAUUUUUACUGUUGAUCCAAAGUAAUAUGCGGCUAGACUUUCCACUGCCCUACGGCUUAUGUAAUUAUUUACACAUUACAAGGUGAGUUCAGAAUGCUACCACAUGGGACCAGUAGCAUUUAGGACUCACUUCAUGAACCCGUAGUUGUUUGCACAAAUCAGGCGGUCCGUAUUUUGAGCUUAUGUCUUUCUGUCCUGGAAGUGACAAAAUCCGAGCCUGAUUCUUCACCACCUUGCAGUUAACAUAAUCAUCUACACCUCAGCAAAGUAUAUGCAUAGCUCUCCCAUUGUGGUUUACUGCUGCUGCAUCCAUUAUGCUCAGGACCAUCCUCUUUGCUGGUAUAAACUGACAUUGCUCCAUUGAAGCCAAUGGAUGUACUUUGGUUUAUGUCAGCUAAGAAUCUGGCCUUUAAUUUGCCUAGCUGUAACUGGCUGCACCAGAUAAAAGGCUAAGGAGACUCAGAUCCUGCGUUUUCCAGCCUGUGCAUUUCUUUCAUGAUCGGACUUAAUGCUAGUGAAUUAAGCAAGGAGCAGGCAACUACUGGAGGUUGGUUUCUGCUGCAGAGGCAAUAGAUGGGAGAAAGAAUUCAGUAUUUACUUUGCAAAAUAGAAAGAGGGUGAAUGUACACAGAAAUUACACUAUAUAUUGAGGCUUGAGAGCAAUAUAAAUAAUGGAGAGCAAAUACCAUGGCACUGUUUCUCUCUGGCAUCAGUCCAGUUUUUUUGCAGUGCAACUCCCUUGCUUGCAGCAGAAUUACACAGUUGUAAAACUGGAGUAAUGCAGUAAAGACUGAUACCAUACAAAUGCAAUAACCCAAAUGAUGAGGUAGCUGCACGCCUGGAAAAAUUUUUUAAAAUAAAAUAAUUAUCUGAAGAUGCUAAUAUUUUAAUGUACCGUUGGGGAGUUUUCCAGUGAGCAUCACUAAGGAACUCAUAAAGGUGGAGUGUAUAUCCUGAAAUCUCAAUCCAUUUCUACUAUAUAGUGCAAUCUUAGUUGGUUUUCUAUUUAUUUAUAUUGUUCAGAUCCAAGGGAUCCCUUGUAAAAUAUAUUUGGUGCAAUCAUGACUUUUUUUUCCUUUCCUGUUGAAAGUAUAUAAAUAUAAAUAUAUAUAAAAAGGAAACUGUUAAGAUACUAAAUGAGGAAACCUUGAAUGACAUUUAAGAUCAGGAUAAGGUCUGCCAUUAAACCUGUCACCUGUCUCUACUAAAACGUACCAUUUUUAAAGGAUAUUUGUUGUCCUUUUAAGUGGUUCUUUUUUUUACCAAGAUAAUUUAAAGAUUUAUGAGGACUGUAUGUAAAUCUUUCUUUCAGGAAGGCAUGACCAAGGAAAGUGCUAACUGAAUAAGCCACACAAAGAAUGUAAAUUUUGUACAGUACUAGACUGUGUAAAUGAAGCUUGCUUGUAGGGGGGAAACUUUAAAUAAAACUUUAUGUACUAAUUCAACUGUCUGCCAUAUUCCUACUUAUAAAAUGUAUGUACAAAUAAUAUCUACAUUAAAUUCUUUGGAACUUUUUUUAUCAUGUA